AUGCCUCCCACCCAUAUACGGCCAAGGAAGCGCCCGCUCUACAUCCUGACAUGCCUGUCAACAGUAUUCCUGCUGCUAGUCGGCUAUUCCUUCAAAAUGCGCCAGCAGGACGUCAAGGCAUGUCGUAUGUGCUACAUGUACCCAUCCUACGAAAGGCUCAAGGGGUUUGAUCUCGAACACACUCGCUUAGCGAGCAAAUAUGCGCUCUACAAGUACAGAGAUACAGAGUACGACCAGCCAGAAGAGCUUGGCGGUGUCCCUGUCCUCUUCAUACCUGGCAACGCAGGCAGCUAUCGUCAAAUCAGGCCCAUUGGUUCAGCAGCAGCCAUGCUGUAUGGUGAGAGACUCAAGCAAGGUGAAACACACGCCGGUAGUCGCUCGCUUGACUUCUUUUCUGUUGAUUUUAAUGAAGACUUUUCUGCCUUCCAUGGUCAAACCUUGCUGGACCAAGCAGAGUAUGUUAAUGCAGCUGCUGCAUACAUUCUGUCACUCUACACGGCAGCGAGAAAGAGCCCCUCAGAUACAUCUCAGCCAGAUCCCAUCAGCGUCAUCUUACUGGCGCACUCAAUGGGUGGUAUCGUGGCACGCACCAUGCAAGUCAUGCCAAAUUACAUGCCAAAAAGCAUCAACACCAUUGUUACCAUGGCUACGCCUCAUGCUAUUCCUCCAGCGCCAUUUGACCCACAGAUGCAUGCAAUUUACGACCAAAUCAACGCUCACUGGAAUGCGUCUUUUGCUCUACCCAUCGCUUCAAAUCCCCUCAAGGAUGUGUCCCUUGUCUCAAUUGUUGGCGGAGCCCUCGACUUGACAAUAUCGUCCGAUUAUGCGACAUUAAGAGAUAUCACUCCGGCAAGUCAUGGCUUCACGGUCUAUACCUCUUCCAUUCCCAUGGUCUGGACUGGCGCAGAUCAUCAAGCGAUCCUUUGGUGUGAUCAAUUCAGAUCCGCUAUUGCAGGCGCUCUACUCGAUAUCGUGGAUGUUGGCAAUGCAGAGCAGACGGUCGCGCUGCCGGAACGGAUGCGUCUUUUGCGACACAGACUCCUCAGCAGACUGGACAGGCACGAAGAAGUCAUCAAUACCGAGCCUGCUCGCCAGUCUGUUCGAUUCUCGGCAGAUGCACCGGGGCAGUCUCGUCCUGAUUCGGCAAUAGUCAGGACGUUCAAGAUUGAUCCUGAACAGCCAAUCAAAGCGCUAUUCCCAAUACAAGAUGCUGGCAUAUUUGAGCUUCUGACUGACACUGCAAUGUUGAGUGUGCUUCUAUGCCAAGGCGAUGCCUCACCCGAGCGUCCACACCCAGAAUUAUCUUGCGUUGUAAGCUCCGCCGACUGGUCAGUUCUACCGGGACGAGGUGACUUGGUUGAGGAGACUGAGGAAGUGACGGAUCGCCUCUACUACACGAGCUUCACUCCCUCUCAGUUGGCAAAUCGGCACAUUGUCAUCAAAUCCCACGGCGCAGGCACAUUUUUCCGCGCUGGCUUCGUACCGCUGUCGAGCUCUCGACAGACAGUUCAACUAGGCAUCGCUCGCAUUGCUCUUGAUGGACUGCGCGUCAAAUUUGACAGUAGCCAACUUGUAGCGCAGACCUUGCAUUUGCCAGAUCUGAGCAGCAGUCUGCUUGCCUACACAGUCAGCUACAAGACUUCCUGCGAUGCACACAAGGCUGUCGUCAGGCAAUCCAUGCUGGAUCCAAUCGAGGUCAAGUUUCGUCACGGCAAUGGUCCACACGAGAUCAGUUUGUACGGGCUCCCACCCUUUUUGAAGCCACAGUCUCAGCAUAGUUCUGGAUUGUCCCUUCAGUAUUUUGCUGAUCCUGAUUGCCUUGGAGUGACUGAAGUAAGUCUUCAUUUAGACUGGAUGGGGUCGCUCGGCAAACUCGCCAUGCGGUACCGUAUGGUCCUCGUCGUCUUCUCCACUGCCCUGGCCUUUGCCAUCUUCCGGCUACAACUCGCUGUGUAUGCUGAAUCAGCGGAAUUUAUCAGCUUUCAACAAGCCUCCAGACUAUUUGCGUGCUCGAGACUAUGGAAGCUCCUUGUUGUCACGAGCAUUGCUGCAUACGUCCAUGCCCAUGCAUUCACUGCAAGUAUUGUAACGACCGAGUCCUGGCACCGACUGCUACUUGGCACUCAAGACCCUUUCUUUGCGCCUCUUGUGCCCCUCUUCAUUCUCGUCAGCUUGGGUUUCCUCAACCUCCUGACAAUUGCAAUUACGGUCCUGGUUGACCUUGCAACGCUGCUAUACAAAAUUCCAGCAAAAUACUUAUUCAAGGAUGAUAAUACACCUCCUCCUGGCCGCAGUCCUCGACGCAGAUUAUGGACAGUCAUCAUUCUACUCGCUGUUGUUGCUACCAUGGUGCCCUACCAAUUUGCCUACCUUGUCGCGUGCCUAGCUCAAGCAGGCUCAACAGUCAGAACGCGUCAUGCAAGUCAGUUACAACGAAAGCCAGGGCAUGCCGUAAAAGCAGCGACCAAUGCCGAUGCCUACAACUUUUCAGUGCUGGUUCUGAUGGUGUCUGUGUUGCCUGUUAAUUUGCCUAUCCUUGCAGUCUGGGUACGCAAUUUGACGGUACGCUGGUUGACGCCUUUUUCAAGUCAUCACAACAUCCUCAUGAUUGCGCCUAUUGUGCUACUUGUUGAAGCAAUUGCCAGCAAUCAAAUGCUCCAGCCCAGCAGUAAACCGUGCGUCUUUCUGUGCAAAGUGAGGUUGCUAACAAACAGAUUCGAUCAAGUCACCGGAUGGCUAUGUGCUGGCGCUGUGGCGUACAUCCUUUUGUAUGGCGUCCUCUACCCUUACCUCAUCCACUACGUGCUCAACUGCACUGCACUCCUUUUGAUUGUGCACACACACCUAGUCAAGGUGGCGGCUGUGCCGGUUCAGAAGACGUCAGUGAAGCAAGAAACGAUUCCAACGACAUGA